AUGAAAGGCAAGUCUGUUCAAGCUUUCAAGUCGUCAGCAAAUAUGGAAAGAUCGAAGAGGUUGGUAGCGGAGAACCGGGCUGGUCAAGGUUGGGAUUCGGCUGUUUUUAAAGUGGAGGAAAUCCAAAAGUCUAGCCAAUUUAUUCAUUUGAGAGUGAUCACAUUGGGAUCCUCUCUUACUUUCUUCUGCACUGCUGUUUAUGCUUCCAAUUCGGUGGAGGAAAGGAGGGAGCUUUGGAGGGAUGUUUUGGGUUUUGCUUCUAGUAUAUCUUCUCCUUGGAUGGCUCUAGGUGAUUUUAAUAUUGUCCGGCAGCAAAGUGAGAAAUUUGGAGGUGAUAUUGUUCGGCAAGAAGCGAUUGAUGACUUCAAUUCCUUUAUUUUUGACACGGGUCUAGUUGACUUAGAGUGGAAGGGUGAGCUCUUUACAUGGAAUAAUAGGCAGGGUGGCAGCUCUCGGGUUUGUUGCAAAUUGGAUAGGGCUAUGGUGAACUUGAAUUGGUUGGAUGUUCUUAGAUCCUCUGAAGCUACUUUCUUGCCCCCAGGGCUUUCGGACCAUUCUCCAGCUGUGGUUUCUAUUUUUGAUGGGGUAAAUUUUGGCCGGAAACCCUUUCGGUUUUUUGAGGCUUGGAUUGGUAGAGAAGGGUUCGAUGAAGUGGUGGCUAAAGGGUGGGAAAGCCCGGUGGAUAUGAAGUUGAAUCCUACUCUUCGGUUUGCUGCACGAUUACGAAAUGUUAAGAUCCAAACCAAUCUGGCAGCUCGGCCUACUGAUUCCAACUUGGUUACCUUAGAGACUGCAGCCAAGAAGAAGCUUUGGGAAGCCCUUAGCAUUGAGGAGAAGUUCCUUAAGGAGAAGUCUAGAAUUACAAAUAUUCAACUGGGGGAUGAUGUGGGCUUUUUCCCGGAGUUUAUUCCUUUACAACAUGGGUUGGACUCUAUGCAGCAAAUUAGUCUCAUUGGGAAAGUUUCAAACAAGGAGAUCAAGGAGGUUGUUUUUGCUAUGAAGAAUUCCAAAGCGCCGGGACCGGAUGGGUUUGGGGCUGCUUUCUUCAAGCAUGCUUGGGAGGUGGUUGGUGAGGAUCUUACUUUGGCUGUCAAAUGGUUUUUUUCUAAGUCCAUUGUGCCCAGCUCCAUUAAUGCUACUUUCAUUUGUCUGAUCCCAAAGACGGAUUCUACUUCUUCUUUUGCGGGAUAUAGGCCAAUUGCUCUCUGUAACCUUUUUUACAAAAUUAUUACAAAAAUUUUGUCUAAUAGGCUACAAGGAGUGGUUGGGAAAGUGGUUAGUGAUAACCAAUCAGCGUUUAUCAAAGGGAGGUCCAUUGUGGAUAAUAUUCUGGUUUGUCAUGAUGUGGUUAGGGGAAUUGAGCAGAAGGGGGCUUCUCCUAUGGCAGUGUUGAAAAUUGAUUUGCAUAAAGCCUAUGAUGCUCUGAGCAAGAAGUUUCUUUUUGUGAUAAUGGAGAGGAUGGGGUUCCCAGCCAAGUUUAUUCAGUGGGUGAAGGCGUGUGUAGAUAGUCCAUGCUUUUCGAUCCUUCUUAAUGGAAGUCCUACCGGCUAUUUUAAGGGGAAGAGGGGAAUUAGGCAAGGAGAUCCGCUAUCCCCCUAUUUGUUUACUAUUGCUAUGGAAGGUUUUACAGCCUUAAUGCAGAAGUUGGAAUGCGAAGGACGAAUCAGCUUGUUCCCAAGGUGUAAAAGUUCCCAUCUUUCACAUCUUAUCUUUGCCGAUGAUCUUAUGGUCUUUGUGAAGGCUGCUCAUGACUCUGUUUCGGCUUAUUGCUCCGCUAUUUUGGAUCUUGUGAGGCAAAGGCUUGAAGGCUGGAAGGCCCGUUUUUUAUCCUUUGCAGGAAGAUUGCAGCUUCUUACUUCUGUGCUUCAGGGUUGCUACAUAUAUUGGUCAGGCAUCUUUGCUUUACCAGGUGGUGUCAAGCAGAAGUUGGAGUCCAUGUUCUCAAAUUUCCUUUGGACGGGUCCCUCUUUGGAACGAAAGGUACAUUACAUUUCUUGGGAUAAAAUUUGUAAACCUAAGGAUGAGGGUGGCUUAGGUAUUCGCAGAAUUACAGAUAUGAAUAUUACGGGUAUCCUUAAGCAAAUUUGGUGGAUUGCUUCCAAAAAGGAUAGCCUUUGGGUUAGGUGGGUGUAUGCCCGUUAUCUUAAAAAGGAAUCUAUUUGGACGGUGAAAAUCCCCCAAAAUUGCUCGUGGGUUUGGCGCAAAGUUCUCAAGUAUAGACAUUUGGUUGAACCCAAUAUUCAUCACGUUAUUGGAUCUGGUCAUCUUACUAGGCUUUGGCUUGAUAAUUGGCAUCCCCGAGGAGUUUUAAUCAAACAAUUUGGGGACCGGAUCAGAUAUGAUGCGGGUUCACAUCGUAUGGCUAUGGUUUCGGACAUUAUUAGACAGGGGACUUGGCAACCUACUUCUUAUGGAUCUUUUGAUCUUAUUGCUGCUUGGGGUGACCUGAAUCAUGUUCCUAUGUUGAGGCAUUCGGAUGACCUGAUUGUUUGGAAGAAGGCCCCUAAUGCAGCCCCUACUAAUCUUCCGGAUGUGGUUACUUGGCUGUCGAAUGUGGACUGUACAAAUGAUAGGAUGGAUGUGGUUCCUAAGCUAGAUUUUUGUGCUACGAUGCAUUACAUUUGGUGGGAAAGGAAUUGCAGGCUUUUUGAAAAUAAAGUCAGGUCCCAUGAUCAUAUCAUAGAGGCUAUUCGCCUUGAUAUGGCCAUCAAGUGUGCUACCCUCCCCAUUUCUGCUGUUCAAAACCCAAGGAAUAAGUUCUUGGCUGAUACUUGGGGGAUUAGGGUAGACUGGAAGGUGAUUACACAGAAAACUUGUGCUUGGUUUAGACCUCCUACUCGCAUGGCAGUGCUUCACUGUGAAGGGUCCUUAAUGGCUGAUAGAGCUUCCUAUGGUGGGAUUAUCCGUGAUGCUGCAGGUAUUGCCAUUAUAGCUUAUGCGGGCAAGGGAGAUGACAGUUCGGUCCUUGGCAUGGAGCUCUAUGCUAUUUUAAAGGGGGUUGAUCUUUGCAUUCAGAAGAAUCUCCUUCGGGUUUCCAUUAGAUCUGAUUCCAAGUUGGCAGUAGAUAUCCUUAAUGGGAAUCACAGGGAGGUCAGACAUGUUUGGAGAGAGCUCAACCAGCCAGCAGAUUUUAUGGCAGCCAUGGAUACUGGAGAUGGGGAAGUUGUUCUUUGUCCUCCUGAUUUCCCACAGGAGUUGGUGGAGUUGCUUAAGGAUGAUUUUGACUGUAAAGUUUAUUUUAGGAACUUACCCCCCUGA